AUGGCUGGACGAGUUGUGCUAUUCAUCUAUUACCUGAGUCUGGAAGUACUCACAGCAUUAGCAUCUCAAAGGUAUCCAUCAUUAACUUUGGGAAUCAUUCUCACUUCUGAGGAUAACGCGUUUGGUGCUCCACAUAUGCUUCCCGCGUUCGACAUCGCACUCGAAAAGAUCACGAAGGAUGACGACAUCGGCAUCGGUUUGGCGAACUACGUCUUGCGGGAGACAGUCGACUCCUGUGACAGCGGCACAAUCAUGAUCGCCCCUGCAGAAGCGGCUGAGCUGUACCUCUGCGACAAUGUCAGCGCAUUCUUUGGUCCUUCGUGUUCGGAGGAAACAUCAGAAGUCGCUGACUUGGCUGCAUAUUGGCAGUUGCCUGUCCUUAGCGCCGUCGCCAUUGACGUCAAACUCGACGAGAAGGCAAGGUUCCGGACGGUAACAAGGACAUCGUUUGUGGCAUCGCAGCUUGGGGAAGCAGUCGUUGAUGUCUUUAUGCGGUUCAAAUGGGAUCAUGUUGCCUUGUUGUACUCAGAAGGGAUGAUUUUCCACGAAAUGUUGCUAGGCAUAGUGAUAGAGCUAAAUAUGUAUGACAUAGCCUAUUCCCCGUAUCUUUUUGAUGAGCAACUUAAAAUCGUAGAUGUGUUCAAGAAAUUCAGAGGUAUGUAUCAUUUCCUGUAA